AUGAUGUGUAGUGUUGUGAUUAUGGCAAAAGGCAAGGUAUAUAUAGACGCGAUUGUAAUCUUCAUCCCACGAUAUCAUUUUUCAUCUAUCACACCCCUAAAUUCACACCCUUUUUCCACCUCUACUGUCCAUUACUACCCUAAAUCGAGUACCUUAAACGGUUCAUUUGUCGUCACCGACAACAAACAAUUGCCUUCCCGUAAAGCUUCAAAUUCGCAAUAUAGUCUCACUGCUACAGAAAAUCUCAGAGAGAUUGGUACUUUUACAGUCGCCGAUGAGCCUGUCAUGUUUAAGGAUCUUUGGGAUCAAGAACAGUUUAAGAAGGAUCUCGAAAUUGUGGUGAAUCAGUAUCCAUUUGAAGCUUUAAAGUUGUGGCAAAUCAGUAUCAUCUUGAUACAAGGCUGCAGAAGACGUAAAUGCUUGUGUGAAAAUUUGAAGGUUUAUGCUAUAAUUCAUAUUUUUGGGUGGAGAUUGUUAUUUCUUAACAUGCCUUCGCGGUACAAUCUGUCCCAUUUGUUGACACCUCUAAUGAAUGUUUAUGCGUUUUCAAGAAGAGUCUGGAGUGACAUGAAUUUGUAUGUAGCUAUAAUAUAUUCUAACCAUUUAUUCACUUGCAACCAUUAA